AUGGGCGCGCUCUUUUUGUUCAUAUCCCUCCAUAUAAGAGUCAACAAUGCUGGCCAACUUUGCGACAAGUACAGAGUUGGGAGUAGUGUUAAUAGUUCAGAAAAAAUAACGGUCUUAAAUGACUUGAAAGCGGUGACGAAGAAUUUAGUAAGACUAGCUAAGAAGGAGGGCUCUGAAGACAACAUUUCAAUAAUCGUGGUGUUCCUGAAGGACCCGCGUGACAUUGUCGCCGACAACUGCCCGCCCAUGGACCUUGGGCUGGACAACGCGGUGGUGAACGUGCCACCGUUCGCCGUGGAAAAUGAAGCUUGCAAGAUGGUGGUAGCAGAAGCUGGCGGAGGAGAAUGCGCCGAGGGCGGUGACAACGGCGUCUCGGACAGCGACAGUGAUGACCUUGGACCGGAGACCGCGGUGGACGCCGAUUUAGACAUUGACGAUGACGCUGAAAUGGACAACAAUGACCCGGCUCCCCCGACGCCACCGGCGCAUGCAGUGGGAGACAGCCACGUUGACGGGAACUUAGUGGAUAAUGUAGCGGAGAGUGGCGAAGAGUCCGAAGACGAGUGGAAUUACUAUAAAGUCGAAGGCGAGCAGGAGCAAAAUCCUAGCGAAGAAGUCGACGAGCCACCACGUUCUGAAACACCUUGUCAAGAUAAUUCUGCUUGGGAAAGCAGUUCAGUAGACAUGAAUAGUUCACCACUGAACCCAGAUGCACCGGUGUUUGUGCCGGGUGGAGUGGCUGGCUCCGAUGUAUUGUUGGCCGAGUCACCACGUAAACCACUGCCCAUGGAUGAUAUAGAGCUACCCGAUGUGGCUCAAUUCCAAACAGAGGCAAUUGUCAGACCCGCUGAACUUCAAGACUUGGAUAAUUGUGACCAACUAAAUGGACAUCAUAAUAUAUCAAUGGAUGGUGUAACACAACACUUGAACGGCAACGAGAAAUGUGAAAUGGAAAGUUUAGGUUUUGGUUUUAGUGUAGGAAUAGAACAAGAUAAAAUAAAAGAUACAAGUUUAUUUCAAGACUUUGAAAGAAUACAAAAAGAUACUACAGACUUUUGUAAUGUUCAGGUAUUUCCAGCUCACACAGAAACAAAUCCCUUCAAUAUUGAUGGUGAUGAUGAACUGUUUGAAAGGCUAAAAAAUAAAGAAAAUGAUCCAAUGAGUAUGAGUUUUUAUCAAGAGAAAGAUGAUGACACUUGUGAAAGAUUUGGUAAAAUUGAGUCACAUGUUGAUUUGAAUGCAGUUCAGCCUCUUCCCGACAGUGAUGAUGAGGAUAUCCAACCAAACGGCGUUUGUGGGAAUGUAAAUGAAAAUAAGGAAAAUAUUUGUCCAGAUGAGACGUCGAAUUUAUUAGGUUUAGAACAGGGUCAGGAGCCAAAUAAUGAUAUAAUUAGGUUUGAUGACAGAUCAGAAAUUGUUGGUAACAAUGUUCCAAGCUUAGAUAAUUAUAUGGAUUUCAAUAUUCAAAAUACAAAUAAUAUGCAAAAUUAUACAAAUACAGAUUUUGAAUGCAACAUUACACGAGAGCCUGUUGUUCAAACUGAUACACCUGAAUCUCACAAACUACUUUUUGAACAAAUACCUGAAAUUCCAGAUGGUAAAAGUUCAGAAUUAGGAUUCACUAAUGAGGAUUUAUUGGACCCCUCAGAUAGUGACAAAGAUGGAAGGGUCAUAACUCCACAAGACGAAACUUCUCAAGACAUUGAAAUGGAAGGUAAAUUUGAUGAAUCUCCAUCUGAAGAAGUUCAACAAGAAAUUGAAAACGUGGAGUCAGAAAAAAUGGAAGAAAAUGAAAUAAUAAUAGAAACUACACUCAGCUCAGAGACCUCUGAAAAACUAGCAUGUGAAAACAUUGGGUCUGCACAGGAAACUAAACUAGAUGACAAACCUUCUUCUCCGGAAAUGGCCGAAGAAAAUGUAAUUGUCGAAGUUCAUGAAACUCCAACUACUAAACAUAAAGAAGCAAAUCCAGAUAUUAAGAAAGAUGAUAGUAUUAUUGCCAAUAGUGAAGAAGAUUCAGAACUACCAGAAAUCGCUGUUGAUGCACCUGAAAUUCCAUAUGAAGAAGAAAAAGACAGUGAACUACAAAAAUUAGAAACAGAAUUUGAGGCAGAUUCACCUUCAAAGUCCCCUGUGCCAAGUGACUCAUUAAUUAAUAGUGAAUCACUGUUGCCCAAGGAGUCCCCACUGCCGCAAGAAUCUUUAUUGCCUGGAGAUUCUUCAUCUCCACAAGAAUCUCCCUUACCGCAAGAGAUUUCAUUGCCGCGCGAGUCUCCGCUGUCACAAGAAGCUUUACUGUUAAGAAAUUCUCCAAUAUCUAGUGAUUUGCCUUUACCUCAAGACAAUUUGAAACCUGUAGAAUCACCAUUGCCACCGGAGUCUCCAAUACCAUCUGAAUCCCUCUUAUCCCAAGAAAUAAUGCAUGCUCGAGAAUCACCAUUACCACAGGACAUGCAAUCCCAAGAAUCAACUUUACCGGAAGAAACUUCUUUAUUACGAGAUUCUCCAAUGCUGCAUGAAACUCUAGUAUCACAAGAGUCAUCAAUACCUCCAGAGUCUCCUUUACCAAAGGAUUCACUAAUUCGAUCAGAGUCACCUCUAUCGGCAACAUCACUUGCGCCAGUUGAACUUGUAGAACAUUCAUCAUCAUCGCUUUCAAAGUCUCCACAUCCUUCUGAAAUAGAAAAUCUAGAAGCAACUUCACCAAUUCCAUCUCCAUUACCUUCAUACACUGCAGUAGAAUCACAUUCUCCAGUACCCUCACAUAAUAGUUUUGAACCAGUACCUGCUGAAGUUCCAUUGCCUAGAGAAUCUCCAGUGCCAGCUGAUGUUACUGUACCACAAGAAAAUAUUGACAUAAAUAAAGUGAAUGAGACACCACAAGGCGAACUUUUGAGUGUAUCUCAUUUGCCCAAUGAAAGCAUGACACCAGUAGAACAAACUUUACCUGUGGAAAUCCGACAGACAUCACCACUACCUACAAAUUUCGAACAAGAAUCGACGUUAGAAGAGACACAAAAUAAAGUUUUUGUUACAGCUGAGAAUCAAGAGCCUAAAUACACAGAAAGGGAAUCACCCAAUCCUUUGAUCCAACAUUGUGUCUCACCUAUGCCCGUGCAAUCUACUGAAAAUACUGAAUCUUUAAUACUAACAGAAGAACCACAGUCUACUUCUGUUCCCAUGGAAUCUUCACAUACUGAAUUAGAAUCUAAACCAUCUAUUGAGUCACCAGUAGCAGAAGCUCCAGCAUUGGAAUCAAUACAUAUAAAAUGUGAUACUGCAAUUAUAUCUCCCACACCAGUCGAUGAGAUCAAAGAGACGACACCUUCGCCUGUCCCAGUUUCGGAAUCGGUCGAAGCUAAAGAGAUCACUGAAGUUCAAAAGCAAGUUUCGGAAGUCAGCGCUCCGGCGCCCGACAUAGUUCCCGAGGAACGUCCUCGCACUGAACUAGUCACUGACAUCGAUAUAGGCAUUCCCGAAUCGAGAGCGCAGGAAAUUUGCGUUCCCGUCACUAACGUAAUACAACACGACGAUGUGGUGCAGCCCGGAGCGACGCCCCCUCCGACACCGGCCAUCGAGCCGGCGCAGCCUCCCGCCCUCGGUGAGGCGCCUAUCGCCGCCGCUACCGCCGCGGUCGCUGCCGCCGCCGCCGUUACCGCCGCCGCAGCCACCGCGGCCAAGACGAAGUCGACCGGGUCCCCGAAAAAAUCUCCCACGACUCCCACGGCAAAAGCGGCCGCACCUAAGACCGCAUUAAAAACGACACCUUCGACGCGAACACCUGCCUCGGCGACCAAACGCGUUGCUCCCGCGUCGACCGCGACGACGCCACGAACACCAAACGCCGCCGCUCCACGCGCCGCCGCCGCCGCUCGCACGCCGGCGUCGGCUCCCAAAGCCUCACCGGCCGCGCGCCCCGCCGCUAAGUCGGCCCCGUCGCCGGCUACGAAGCCCGCGCCUAAGCCCGCCGCGGCCUCCGAAAGCACCCGCGACGAAGUCGACCACAGCGGCACCGGUGAAACCGGCUACGGCGACGUCGAAACCCGCAGCGGCCCCUGCUUCUCGCCCCGCCGCUCGCCCUGUCCCAGCGACGCGCCCGCCUUCUACCACCGCCCCUGCAACUAA